GGUGGGAGGGGGUUUGCAAUGGGAGUCCGGCUUUUCCAAAUGGCUGGCCAAAGAGCUUUUUGGUAUUCUGUUUGGAUGCCCAAUUUGGAUAACUGGGGACCAACAGCAGCAUUGUUUCUUUGUUAACAGAGGAAUUGGCUGUGUGUGAAUUAUGCAUGGAAUUUUAGCGGUGGUAUAUUAAUGUAAAACGUGUGUUCUUGUCUAGAAAAUGUCACUCUUGGUUGUUUGCUGAAUUUGAAAGUUGUGUGACCCAAAGAUUCCGAAAAGUUGCCUUUGAGCCAGUAAAUUGUAAAUCAAAUAUUUAAAACCUGAACAUUUAAAAUUGGCAUAGUUCAAAGAGAAAACAAUUUUCUGUCGUGUAGUAGAAUGGCUUAGAAUAGUUAAUAGGAUGAGCUUAAUUUAUGGAAGGGAAGAAGUUCAAGAAGGAGUAUGAUAAGAAACUGAGUACAGAGGGAAGCAGAUUUAAAGUUUGUGUGAUUUCUUGGAGAGCCUGAAUUCAGGUCUGCUUAUUACACCUUCAGAAAUUAUAGUGUAAUGCUGGUAAUGUGUAGGAAAUGAGAUACUAAGGAGCCCAGCUUUUAAUACGGAAGGCUAGGCAAGACGCUGUUGCGAGCUUCCCCUUAGAAAGGUUAAUUCAAAGACAAAAACAAACUAACCUUGUUACAUAAGCCAUGUAACUGUCAUUGUUAAUUACUGUUUCUUUUCUCUUUUUUUCCCCCUUUUCUUGCUCUUCUGACUGGUCUGUGGCUUCUUCUAAAGGGAUGUGCUGUCGUUGAAUUCAAGAUGGAAGAGAGCAUGAAAAAAGCUGCCGAAGUUCUAAACAAGCAUAGUCUGAGUGGAAGACCACUGAAAGUCAAAGAAGAUCCUGACGGUGAACAUGCCAGGAGAGCAAUGCAAAAGGUGAUGGCUACGACUGGUGGGAUGGGUAUGGGACCAGGUGGCCCAGGAAUGAUUAAUAUCCCACCCAGUAUCCUAAAUAAUCCUAACAUCCCAAAUGAGAUUAUCCAUGCAUUACAGGCCGGAAGACUCGGAAGCACAGUAUUUGUAGCAAAUCUGGAUUAUAAAGUUGGCUGGAAGAAGCUGAAGGAAGUAUUUAGUAUGGCUGGUGUGGUGGUCCGAGCAGACAUUCUUGAGGAUAAAGAUGGAAAAAGUCGUGGAAUAGGCACUGUUACUUUUGAACAGUCCAUUGAGGCUGUGCAAGCUAUAUCUAUGUUUAAUGGCCAGCUGCUGUUUGAUAGACCAAUGCACGUGAAAAUGGAUGAGAGGGCCUUACCAAAGGGAGACUUUUUUCCUCCUGAGCGUCCUCAGCAGCUGCCCCAUGGACUUGGUGGUAUUGGCAUGGGGUUAGGACCAGGAGGGCAGCCUAUCGAUGCCAAUCACCUGAACAAAGGCAUCGCAAUGGGAAACAUAGGACCUGCAGGCAUGGAGGGACCCUUUGGUGGUGGCAUGGAAAACAUGGGCCGAUUUGGAUCUGGGAUGAACAUGGGCAGAAUAAAUGAAAUCCUAAGUAAUGCACUGAAGAGAGGAGCGAUCAUGGCAAAGCAGGGAGGAGGUGGAGGUGGAGGCAGCGUCCCUGGGAUCGAGAGGAUGGGCCCCGGCAUCGACCGCAUCGGGGGUGCCGGCAUGGAGCGCAUGGGCGCAGGCCUGGGCCAUGGCAUGGAUCGCGUGGGCUCCGAGAUCGAGCGCAUGGGCCUGGUCAUGGACCGCAUGGGCUCUGUGGAGCGCAUGGGCUCCGGCAUAGAGCGCAUGGGCCCACUGGGCCUCGACCACAUGGCCUCCAGCAUUGAGCGCAUGGGCCAGACCAUGGAGCGCAUUGGCUCUGGUGUGGAGCGAAUGGGUGCCGGCAUGGGCUUUGGCCUUGAGCGCAUGGCCGCACCCAUUGACCGUGUGGGCCAGACCAUUGAGCGUAUGGGCUCUGGUGUGGAGCGCAUGGGCCCUGCCAUCGAGCGCAUGGGCCUGAGCAUGGAGCGCAUGGUGCCCGCAGGCAUAGGGGCUGGCCUGGAGCGAAUGGGCCCUGUGAUGGAUCGCAUGGCCACUGGCCUGGAGCGCAUGGGCGCCAACAACCUGGAGCGCAUGGGCCUGGAGCGCAUGGGCGCCAACAGUCUGGAGCGCAUGGGCCUGGAGCGCAUGGGCGCCAACAGUCUGGAGCGCAUGGGCCCUGCCAUGGGCCCGGCCCUGGGCGCCGGCAUCGAGCGCAUGGGCCUGGCCAUGGGUGGCGGUGGUGGCACCAGCUUUGACCGUGCCAUCGAGAUGGAACGUGGCAACUUUGGAGGAAGCUUUGCAGGUUCCUUUGGUGGAGCCGGAGGCCAUGCCCCUGGAGUGGCCAGGAAGGCUUGCCAGAUAUUUGUUAGAAACCUCCCAUUUGAUUUUACAUGGAAAAUGCUGAAAGACAAAUUCAACGAAUGUGGCCAUGUGCUGUACGCCGACAUCAAGAUGGAGAAUGGGAAGUCCAAGGGGUGCGGUGUGGUCAAGUUUGAGUCACCCGAGGUGGCUGAGCGGGCCUGCCGGAUGAUGAAUGGGAUGAAGCUGAGUGGCCGAGAGAUUGAUGUUCGAAUCGAUAGAAAUGCUUAAGCAUUUGCCUUUUUUAAACAUCGAGACCAGACCUCUGAAUUUGUAUUUUUUCUUGUUAACCAUUUUAAUUUGUUGGCUGGAUGUAUAAAGAUGUUUAAAAAAUUCAGUUGCUUUUUGGGGUAAUUUGAAUUACUUUUUUAAUGACUGGGGUUCCAUUUGACUGUUUGCAUUGAGAUUGCAACGUGCACAAUUUUUUUUGUAGUUGUGGCAUCUUGUUGACAUCAAAUAUGACUUUGAUAAUAAAUACCAGUUCCUGAAA